AUGCCCCUCAACCCAACCCACCACCGCACCGAUUCCCACCCCUCCUACCCCCGCGCCUCAAUCCUCCCAACCUCAACCUCGUCCACACACCUCCACCAAAGCCAAUACCAAACCCAAAAUCAAAAUGCAAACCCCAACCCCAACCCGUCAAGCUCAGCAAGCGGCUCCGCCUCAAUGUCCGCCGCCAAAAGCCGACAAUACGCACACCUGCACACGCAACUGGCAAAGUUAAACGCCAACCUGGCGGAUACGGAGAAUCUGUUGCGCAUGACGGCGGUGCAGGCCGGGGAUAUACGGUUUUUGGGUGGGUAUAUGGGGGCGUUGUUUAUGGGGAGCGCGAAGGUUCUUGGGGAGGAGGGAGUUAAGGGGUUUGGUGAUGGUGCUACUGCUGCUGCGGCUGGUGGUGGGGUGAAGGAGGAGGAGAGUGAGGAAGAUUGA